CCUCGCCUCCGUCUUCACGGACCUCGUCAAGUCCUUUGUCGGCGACAUCCUCAUGCCGCCCAUCUCCAUCAUCCUGCCGCUCAAGCACAACAUUGAGGAGAAGUUUGCCGUCCUGCGACCGGGCCCCGGCUACAACACCACGUCCGGGUACAACACGCUGAAGCAGGCGCAGGCGGACGGCGCGGUGGUCAUGGCGUACGGCUCCUUCAUCUACCAGAUUGUGUCGUUUAUGAUGAUCGGCCUCGCGCUGUACUCCAUGGCGCAUCUGUACAUGCUGCUCUCGGAGGAGCCCAUCGUCAAGCGCACCAAGAAGUGCACGUACUGCCGGCAGUGGAUCAACGAGAAGGCAUCGAGGUGUAUCAACUGCACGAGCUGGCUCGACGGCCGCGAGGACAGAGUGCAAUACUGAAAGUGCACAAGAGCAGCGUGUAUCCAAACACCAAUGGGCGAUCACUAUAUACUAUUUACAGCAGGGCGGCCGCACCGACCACGACCGCCAGCCCAGCAAGGAGCGUGCUCUGUCCAAGCUGGAGACCGGCGUUGUCGUCAUCUCCACUAUCACCCGUCUCCGUGGGUGUCUCCUCCGCAUCGCCGCUUGUCUGGGACGGCGUCUCGGUGAUGGUCGUCUCCUUGGUCGCGGUGCUCGUGGCGGUAGUCGUCGCCUCGACGGUGCCCAGCUUCUCCACGCCUCCCGUGACGGGCACGGGCUGGUACAGCUCGCUGAGUCCCUCCAGCGUGGCCGUCGUGCUUUGGGAGAGGGUCGUGCCAUCAGCCACGCCGUUCUGCAUCACGGUGCAGGAGAGGACGUCUGCCUUUCGGUCUUCGUCGCAGCUAAAGUCCUGGAUU